UUGCUUGGGAUUAGCUUCAGCAGCUCGGCGAGUCGAGUGGAAUUGAGACGAGCGGAGUCGCCACAAUCAUGCUCAAAUGUCGCAGCGUGUGGAGAAAGCUUGCUCCCUUUGCCGGAGCCUCGGCAACCUUGUGUCGGCAAAAUGUCAGACGUACAGGUUUGAACAAUGGCAGAACGCCCGCACACGUACCUGCGGCUCACAUGGCGACGGGUCCUGCAGGCGGCGGCGGCGGCGGGCAAAACCACUUCUAUGUCCUUCUGGUUGGCGGAACCUGCCUUGGCGGAGCAAUAUAUGCAUACAGAACUGUUAAAGGAGACCAGCGACGAUAUCAGGAACGAAUUGCAGAAAUUUCAUCUCGACCGCAUCGCCGCGCCAAAGAAGCAACUACGAGCAUCCGCACAGAAGCUCCCGCUGUUGCCGAGGCGGAAGCUCAAGUCAAACCUCCGUCGCGAGAGCCGAGCGGUCCGGCGCCGGACGCUGAGUCAGCGGCGCCGAGUGAGACAACUCAACCUCCACAAGGUGAACAAAUGCAUGAGCCUUCGACGUCUGUCCCGUGAAAUAAUCAUCUCAAGUUUUAAGUCUAAGCUCGUGCCGCGGAUCGCCCCAACAGCAGACGGGCCUGUGUUCGGAGGAGCGGCGGAAGAAGCGCCUGCCGAGCCGCAAGUUGAGGAGGCCGCAAGACGGGACUCUGCACAGCCCUCGCUCACACUCCCGUGGCACGCCCCCUACCUCCUCAUUGGCGGAGGGACCGCCUCCUUCGCCGCUGCCCGCUCUAUUCGAGCCAGAGACCCCGGCGCCCGCGUCUUGAUCGUGACGGACGAGCCGGACCUCCCGUACAUGAGGCCGCCUCUGUCCAAAGAGCUGUGGUUCUCCGACGACCCCGCUGUGACGGACACGCUGCGUUUCAAGCAGUGGAACGGGAAAGAACGAAGUAUUUACUUCCAGCCGCCGUCGUUCUACAUUAGUCCGGAAGAACUGAGCAAGGCGGAAAAUGGAGGCGUGGCCGUUCUCACCAGCAAAAAGGUUGUCCACAUGGAUGUGAGGGGAAAUAAAGUGAAACUCGACGACGACACGGAGAUUUCCUAUGACAAGUGCUUGAUUGCCACAGGCGGCGUUCCGAGAAAUUUGCAAGUCCUAGACCGAGCGGGCGAGGAGGUGAAGAACAGGACAACUUUGUUCCGGAAGAUUGAGGACUUCAGAUCCUUAGAUAAAGUCUCCAGAAACACGAAGUCCAUCACCGUCAUCGGCGGCGGCUUCUUGGGCAGCGAGCUGGCCUGCGCCCUCGGCCGGCGAUCUCACGAUUCCGGUCUGGAGGUGAUCCAGAUGUUCCCCGAGAAGGGCAACAUGGGCAAAGUUCUGCCCGAGUAUCUCAGCAACUGGACGACGGAAAAAGUCAAAACGGAGGGUGUAAAAGUCCUCUCAGAAGCUUUGGUCAAAUCUGUCACCUGCAAAGAUGAUCAAUUGGAGAUCAAACUAAAGGACGGCCGAUUGGUGAAAACGGAUCACAUCGUCGCGGCGGUCGGCCUGGAGCCGAACGUGGACCUCGCCAAGUCGGCGGGUCUGGAGGUGGACUCGGACUUUGGCGGCUAUCGAGUCAAUGCGGAGCUGCAAGCUCGCUCCAACAUUUGGGUGGCGGGAGACGCCGCGUGUUUCUACGACAUCAGGCUGGGCCGCCGACGAGCGGAGCACCACGACCACGCCGUCGUCAGCGGCCGACUGGCGGGGGAGAACAUGACGGGAGCCGACAAACCCUACUGGCAUCAGUCUAUGUUCUGGAGCGACCUCGGUCCUGACGUAGGUUACGAGGCCAUCGGGAUUGUGGACAGCAGUUUGCCCACUGUGGGGGUCUUCGCCAAAGCCACCGCCAAGGAUACCCCGAAAGCUGUCACUGAGAAGUCUGGAACCGGCAUCCGCUCGGAGAGCGAAACCGAGGACGUGGCGUCGAGCGCCGCGGCCCCCUCCGCGCCCGCGCCCGCGCCCGCCGUGGCGCGCGAAGACGACUACGGCAAAGGCGUCAUCUUCUACCUGCGAGACAAAGUGGUGGUGGGCAUCAUCCUGUGGAAUGUUUUCAACCGAAUGCCCAUCGCAAGAAAGAUCAUCAAGGAUGGCGAGGAACAUGCAGACCUGAAUGAAGUCGCCAAGCUGUUUAACAUCCACGAGGAUUAGGAUUUUUGAGGACCGUCCGCAAUGGAGUGACAUUUUGGCAACUUCCUCCUUUACAAUAUCCGAUCCAGAUUUGUGUAGAUCGUAUGAUUUCACUGAAUUAUUUUCAUACUUGAGUUGAAAUUGCCCACAAUUCCGAUUCCCGCCCAGCCCGGGUCAAACGUUUGUGUCUCAAAAUUCCGGGAACAGUCUAAGAGCCGUCACGGCAGCUCAUUGGGAGAAAGGCUGAAAUAAAAUCUAUUUUUAAAUUGGGA